AAAAAAUCUAAAUCAAAAUGGCGCAGUCUGGAGUAACAGUUUCAAUCGAAGCCGUUCAUGAAAAUCAAAUACAAGAAGUCUCUCUUGACGGCCAUGAAACAGUUAUUCCCCCAUUGUCAAUGUCAGAAUGUUUGGCAAAGAGUGCCCAGAAGAUCGAUUUUGGUGAGGAGGAUGAGGGUAUCGAAGGUAAGCAGACAUCUGAGGAGGGGACAACAGAGAAGGAGGAGUCCGCCUUCCAGCCCUCACUCUGGCCCUGGGACAGUGUGCGCAACAAACUCAAGACAUCACUUACAGAGAUUGGAGUAUUGUUGGAUGUAUUAAACAUUGCAAAAGAGAAGAAGUACAUGGCUAUAGUACAGGUCCAGCAGGAUACCUCAGAACCAAAAUCUGCUCUGCAACUCUUGGCCAAGAAAAAGGCUAUAAGUCUUCAGUCAAUAUGUGGCGGUUUAAACACAGCAGCCAGUGUGCUUAUAAGUGGUGCUGAGCGCCUGAAGCGGUCACAGGAGGAAAAGGGCGGGGUUAGUUCCCAUGACAAGUUCCACAUCGAGCUGCUCAAGCUACGCCAGAACUGGAGACUGAAGAAGGUUGGCAACUCCAUCAUCGGUGACCUUAGCUACAGAUCAGCUGGGUCGAGGUUCUGGCAAGGGGGAACAUUUGAAGUGACCAAAACCACUAGUCUACCAUCAGACCAGGAGGGAAGCACUGCCCAACAGUACCCCCUGCAGGUGGUUAUUCCAAGUGAACUGGAGGGUUCUUCCUACCUACAACUAGAGAUCAAGUCUGUCCCAGACUCGAUGGACCUGAUGAGUGUGACACUGCAGGUUCCAGACGGGUUUGGACGCACCCCUCUCAAUGCCCACUGGCAGAGUCGACUGGAUACAGCUCAGAACGUCCUCUUCUGCAAGGAGCUUUUUGCACAGCUUGCUCGGGAGGCGGUGCAACUAAAGAGCAAUGUGCCACAUGUUGUUGUCAGUAACCAGAUCAUCACAAAUAUAUUUCCUGGUGUUCAGCUGUCCAUAGUUUUGUGCCAUUCAACAGGAAAGGGAGAUAAAAAGACAGGUCCACAUUCUGGCAAGAUGGACCACAAGCAUGUAUUGGAGCACUCACUUCACCAGCUACUCCGGGAGGUCCACCAUCGGACCUUACACCUCGCCGCCCCCCACCCUGUCACAGCACCCUUUGGCAUGAGCAAGCGACGACGCCUUGCUGGACCCACAGCCAUGUCCCGGUCAGAUCUCAAGGAGAUGAGCGACAGGUCAGGUGAGACUUUGCUUGAACAGAUAAUCAAGCAAGCCAGGCAUGAGGUGUUGAGACAAAGAACGAUGUCAGUGAUUGACCGUCUGGCAGGGGAGAUUCCCGACCCCCAAAUCAUGGCACACUGGUCGUGUCUCAACAGUCCUCUUCAAUCCAACGUCAAGAUCAUUAUCACAUCCAACGGAUACGAGGGCAUGAGGGUGACGUGGCAGUCACUGGACCUGGAGAUUGGUGUGGAUGGUAUCCUGGUGACGACAAAGGACAGACGUACGCUUAAACUCUCCUUCCAGGAGAAAGAGGUGGAGGAUAUUAUCCGCUGGCAGGUGUCGCAGCAUCACAUAGCGCUAUCCCAGAACCUAGCACGGUUGAUUGGCUGGCAGGUACUCAGUUACAAUGGGUGUAGCGGUGUUGGAGAGAUGGAGGGGUUUGCCUGUGCCUCCUCUAUACAGCUGGUUGCUCCUAACAAUGACAGGAUGUUAUCUGUACGAAGUGGACCAACAUCAGGCCUACAUGUGUUUUUAAAAAUAGACAGUUCGGGUAACCUUGACCCCAGUCUCUCAUCUCUUGUUGAUCCUAAAUGGCUUAACCUCGGUGGGACAUUCCGUGAACUUGACCUUGAACAGAUUGAAGGUCGUAACCUGGCAACUAAGUUGGAACUGAUCAUGGCAAUGGUUAACAAGAAGAGAUGAAAUGAUUUGGUUAAACCAUUACAGAUCUUCAGUGAGGAUAAAUGGUCUUACAACAUACCAAUACCAUGCAUUACUGGGUUUUAAGAGGUCCAUGAUCUGAAUACAGAGGAUUGGUUGAAGUGCUUCUUCAAGCUGACCAAUGUGCAAUGUGUUAAAUGAUUUACAUAGUAUACUUGCUAGAAAGUUCAUGAUCAACAAAUGCAAGCAAGAGAAUCAAAUGUUUGAAUCUCAAAGGGCCUAUGUAAACAGCUAGUGUCAUUAAUGAACACAGUUGCAAGGACACCAAUUCGUGUUACUCAUAAUUGAAUAACAAGCAUGUGUUUUAAUGUUAUACAUUGAAGACCAAUAAAAUAUGUAAAGUUAAUCUGGAAAGUUGUU